UGUUGGUGGUAGGUAUUUAAGUAUUUUACUGUAGACCAUCUAAUAUGUUAGCUUACCAACAGAACCGAAGGAUUUCAUUUAUUGCAUCGAACAACAUACAGCUGUAGGUCUACCGAGAAACUAAAUAAUAUAAUUUUUUUAAUGUGAUACGGCCAAUUUUAGUAGGCUCUGAAAAUUAACGUCCUAAACAAGUAGAUGGGGUCAUCCGCGUCGGUCGUAUUUUUGAUCGUCGUUAUUCUGGGUUACGAGUUACAACUUACGGCUUACGCAUUUACGACUAUUGUCAUUGGAAUUUCCGAGUGUGCGGUUGUGCACUGAAUUUUCUUUUAGUACAAUUAAAAUCCGCGUCUUACGGUGGAGUUCUGCGCUUUCCCGCCAACAAUCGGGAGUUGUUUGAAACAAACUCACUGCAGUAUUCGCUGAACAGUUUAAGUGAUAAAUUGGCGAUGAUAUACUUGUACUCAGUUCACGUGUAGCAGGACGUAUUGUGUUUAAGUGUUUACAAAAUGACAGCAAUUUGAAAGUAUAUUUAUAGAGGGCUACAACUAUUUUUUAUAUUUAAUAUGUUGUCCCUCGGUUGUGUUGAAAAAAGUGAUGACUGAUGUGUUUCACCGUGUUUAAGUGAUUGAAAAGUAGCGGUGUUAUCGUUUUGGAUAGAAGCAAAAACGUCAUCUUCGAAAAACUAACAAAAUGUGUUGUGGCCUAAUAACUAUUUAGUGCAAGUUAGGAAUUAUAUAUUCAAAUUAUAAGCAAAACUUUAGUUUACGAUAUCAUUAAGAUAUAUAAUAGACAUUAUAAAUAAUAUUUUACCUAUGCCUCGUAAAAAGAAAAUCAAGUCUCCUCAACAACUAUGGGAAAACAUUUCUUCAAUUUUUGUUACAUUUGUUGAGAGUGUUUUUUUCUCUCUUGGAGUUUGUGUCGCCAGACAUCCGUGGAGGGUGAUAGCAGCAACAUGGAUGUUCAUUCUGUUGUGUUGCGGUGGACUAUUUACAUUUUACAUAGAAAAAAAUCCUAUGAAUUUAUGGGUCCCGCCAGAUUCAGACUUUUAUUAUGACACGCAUUGGUAUAUCGAUAAGUUUGGAACGGGUUUUAGAGUUCAGAAAUUACUGAUAACUGCCGAUAAUGUCUUAGAUCCAUCUGUAAUGCGUUUAUUAAAAAAUAUUACCGAUCAUAUUAAUACCCUCAGUAUAGAUUUUCAAAAUAAAACUUACAAUCUAAGUGAAUUAUGCUUUAAAGUCCCUGUUGUUACAAUAGUCGAUUCUAGUUGGAAACCAAGAUCUGAUGUCUCCUUAAAGUCUAAUAAUAGCAAUUCUCUAUCGAACUAUAAUACCUUUGAAGUAGAUUAUCACGAUCCUGGGCUCGUGUUUGGAGAUGGAUUUUAUUGUGGUGUGCUCAACCAUUUGCCUUUAGCGUGUCACCAGUAUAAUAUAUUAGAUAUUUGGAAUAACAGUGAAAAAUUGAUUCAUAAUCUUACAAAAAAUGAGAUAGUCAAUAAAAUCAAUGAAAUUAAAGUAAACCCGAUCACAGGUCAUCCUGUGGACUACGUAAAUCUGUUAGGUGGAGUAGUUAAAAAUAAAAUGGGACAUGUGGUAGAAGCUAAAUCAAUAUUGUUGUCAUGGUAUAUGUAUGUAAACAUGUCAGAAGUUAAUCUCAACGAAGUGGGAAACUUAGUCGGAACAGAAGAUUGGGUGUCUGUUCCUGUAGCACUUUGGGAAGCGGAAUUUCUAAACUAUGCCCAUAAUUUAAAUUUUACUGAGAACGGUGUUAAAUUCUAUUAUGAAGCAGGAAGGAGUUUUGCGGAUAUAAGUGGUCAAACUAUGUUUCAAGAUAUGGAUAAACUGUCUGUAGGCAUAAUACUAAUGUUUAUUUAUGUCGUGUGUGCUGUAUCUCGAUGUAACUGGCUAGAGAUUCGGUUAACGUUAGGUAGCAUUGGGUUGUUGAAUGUUGGGAUGGCCUAUAUAACUACAGUCAGUUUGUGUUCCUUGGCUGGUAUACCAUUUGGCCCUGUCCACUCGUCGUUGCCUUUUCUAUUAAUGGGAUUAGGAGUAGAUGAUAUGUUUGUAAUGAAUGCAUGUUGGAAAAUGGUUCUAGCUACAGAUGUACACAAAAGCACUUCUGCAAAAGUCGGUCUGAUGCUUAAGCAUGCGGGGGUUUCCAUUGUGAUAACAUCGUUUACAGAUAUCGUAGCGUUAUUAAUUGGAGCUAUCACCAUAUUACCAUCAUUAAAAUCAUUUUGUAUAUAUGCAGCAGUGGGAGUGUUUUUUAUAUUUUGUUAUUCUGUUACGUUUUAUGUAGCAGUUUUUACAUUAGAUCUUAAAAGAAUAAAGGAACAAAGGAAUGGUGUGAUAUUUUGUUACAAACAUAAAAAGGAGAUAACGGUGUCCACUGAAACAACAUUAUUUCAGAAGUUAUUGGCCUAUGUAUAUAAAAAUAUUGUUCUAACGAAUUCCGGCAAAGCAAUCAUUAUUUUGUUUACAUUAAUUAUGACAGGUUUUAGUGUUCAGGCAAUAUUUAAAUUAGAACAAAGAUUUGACCCAAAGUGGUUUAUUCCUGAAGAUACGUAUUUCAAAGAGUUUAUUAAUAUUCAUGAUUAUUAUUAUCCCGAUGAAGGGCAACCUGCAAUGAUUUUUCUGGGCGACAUGGAUUACAACGCAGAAUUUGUAAAUUUAUACAACACGGUACAGGUCUUAAGGAAUGAGUCCUAUGUAGCUGAAUUAAUGACAUGGGUAGAAAUUUUUCAUGGUUAUGUUUUAAUUAAUUUUCACCACGACUUGUUAAACUCAACAACUGUAACAGAUGAACAGUUUAAUAAGUAUUUAUCAAGAUUUUUGUUUAGUCCCGUUGGUGGAAGGUUUCAAUUAAAUUUUAAAUUCAGUGGAAAUCUUACAUGUGGUGAAAGUAUUAGCGAUAUUACAGCUUCAUCGAUGUCAUUUAGGUUUACCAGGUUCGAAGGUCCCGCAGAAUACAUUCCUGCAAUGAAUCGUGUUAAAGAUAUCGUGAAAUCGGCUAAUAUUACCACCGGCUCUGGUUAUCGUAGUGUGUGGUCUAAAGUUUUUGGUAAUUGGGUCACGGACGAGAUUAUAGCAGUGGAAGUUGAAAGAAAUAUAGAGUUAGCUUUACUUUGUGUCAUGAUUUGUACCGUUAUCUUGAUCACGAAUCUUCAGAUGUGUUUGUGGAUAUUUAUUUGCGUUUUGUUAACAAUAGUUAAUGUUCUAGGCUGGAUGCAGAGAUGGGGUAUGACUGUAGAUAUAGUUUGCUGUAUCGGUCUUGAACUUGCGAUAGGUUUGUGUGUUGAUUAUGCUGCCCACGUUGGUCACACUUUCUUAACUAUCACACAAGGUAGUCGCAAUGAAAGAACUUUUAAGACUGUCACUUCGAUUGGGUCUGCUGUAUUGUUAGGUGGUGGAUCCACGUUACUUUCCUUGUCGCUUCUUAGUAUGUCAAAAGCAUACACUUUUCAAUCAUUUUUCAAAAUAUUUUUACUUGUAAUACUGUUCGGACUCUUUAACGGUUUAAUGUUUCUACCAGUAGUUUUAUCAUUAAUUGGGCCAGCAGGGCACCGGGCUUAUGAUGAGGAAGAAAUAAAAGCACCGGAAGCUGUAGAGUUGAAUGGAAAAAUCUACGAUACAGGAAAACAAAUGACUGAGGGUUGAUUACGAUUAAUACGAUGGAAUAAAUUACGAUUAUAAUGAGGCCAUUGAAAGAAUUCCUUGUUCAUAGAUGUAACUAAAAGUGGCGUUGCAUCAUGAAAAAUUAUCAUAUAGUUUUUUUUAUAAUAUUGUGCUAAAUUUAAUGAUAUGAUGUAUAUUUUUUAAAUCAUUGUGCACUAUUACGAGGUUAAGGCAACUGUUUAUUAUUAGCCAGAUUAAAGCUAUCAUUAUUAUAAAGGUUUAAAAACUAGUAAUUUAUUAUAUUAAGAAAAUCGUCAAGCAUACGUAUUUAUUGUGUAUUGAACAGGAGCUUCCAAUUUUAAUAAGUAUAACUAACGUACUGAAUAGUUUAGAAAUGAAUAAUUUUUACACAGGAGGUAUAGUGUGAUUUAAAUUUGGCUGUAUACAAAUCUAUGAACCAAGCUAAAUUACAAGGACUAACAACGUAGAGAUUUGUUCACAAGUCAAAAUAGUAACAAUAUUUGGCAGAAAUGUUGAAAAUAUUAUAUAUUUUUUUUUACAUUAAAAUUUACACUAAUAUUGGUGCUAAAGAUUAAUAUAUAAUGGUAUUACUUUUCGUUAUAGGUAGGUAGGUAGGAAGGAAUGUAGAUAUAUAUUUACAAUAAAUUAAGGUAAUUUUAAAAUGUUUAAGGAACGAGGGAGAUAACCUGAUUAUUGUACAUACUGUCACUAUGAUAUUUAAACAAUAAGGAACGUAUGCAAAGAAUACAGGUGUAAAUUAUUUAGUACCUUACUUCGAUCGCUUAAAGCAGUAUUAUUAAAAUGUUGUUGACGCUUUCUACCACAGUUAUAACACUUAUUUUAAGGAAGUCAAAUAGACUGGCAUUUUAAUAUAAUACUGCUAUUAGCGAUGGUAGUGAGCCCUCAGGCUAUAUAUUAUGUUUGCGAUGUGAUAAUCUUGUAACAACACAGAAAACAUGAAAUAUUUUUACAACUGUAACUCAGUGAAGUAUCGUCAAAUUAUAUAGAAAAUAAAAUAAAUUGAUUUGCUAUCGAAAUA